UGUCAGGCUGUGUGUGUGUGUGAGGAGCGGGGCCGCGGGGAGGAGGCGCUGAGGGCGGCGGCGGGGCCCAGGAGCGGCCCAACGUAACUCCAGGCCGCGGCUGCGGGGCAAGGUGAGGCCGAGGCCGCGGGCAGGAGCGGCGGCAGCGGGGGAGGAGGAGCGGGAGCGGCGAGGCCGCGGUGGCCACCAGGAAGGCGGGAGGAGGAUGACGGCGGUGGCGGGCGGCCCUCGCUCGGCCUCAACUCCCCGGCCCUGAGUUUUCAAUAUUCAAGAGGCCUCAUUUGUGCCGAUGCAACAAGAAUUAAGACAAGGUGAAGCCAGAUAGUUGGGCGACUAACCACACGGUAGGAUGCCGUCAACCAAUCGCGCAGGAAGUCUAAAAGACCCAGAAAUAGCAGAACUAUUCUACAGAGAAGAUCCUGAAAAGUUGUUUGUGGAUUUGCGAGAAAUUGGCCAUGGCAGCUUUGGAGCAGUCUAUUUUGCACGAGAUGUUCGCACUAAUGAAGUGGUGGCUAUCAAGAAGAUGUCCUAUAAUGGAAAGCAAUCUAACGAGAAAUGGCAAGAUAUUAUCAAAGAAGUCAAAUUCCUACAGAAGCUAAGACAUCCAAAUAGUAUUGAAUACAAAGGUUGCUAUCUGCGAGAACAUACAGCAUGGCUGGUCAUGGAGUACUGUUUAGGGUCAGCUUCCGAUCUUCUAGAAGUUCAUAAGAAACCUCUUCAGGAAAUUGAAAUAGCAGCCAUUACGCAUGGAGCUUUGCAGGGAUUAGCAUAUUUGCAUUCUCACAACAUGAUUCACAGGGACAUCAAGGCAGGUAACAUCCUCCUGACGGAGCCGGGCCAAGUUAAACUAGCUGAUUUUGGAUCAGCUUCCAUAGUUUCCCCAGCCAACUCAUUUGUGGGAACACCAUACUGGAUGGCUCCUGAAGUCAUUCUUGCCAUGGAUGAAGGACAGUAUGAUGGCAAAGUAGAUGUUUGGUCCUUGGGGAUUACAUGCAUUGAAUUAGCGGAGCGAAAGCCUCCUUUGUUUAAUAUGAAUGCAAUGAGUGCCUUAUACCACAUAGCACAGAAUGAGUCACCUGCUCUUCAGUCUAAUGAAUGGUCCGACUACUUUCGCAACUUUGUAGACUCCUGCCUCCAGAAAAUUCCUCAAGACAGACCCACUUCAGAGGAACUUCUGAAACAUGCUUUCGUUGUCAGGGAACGCCCUGAAACAGUGUUAAUAGAUUUGAUUCAGAGGACGAAGGAUGCCGUCAGAGAGCUUGAUAACCUCCAGUAUAGAAAGAUGAAGAAAAUCCUUUUCCAGGAAGUGCACAAUGGGCCUGCAGUGGAGGCUCAAGAGGAGGAAGAGGAACCUGAGCACAGUGUUGGUAGAACGGGCACUGUUAACAGCGUGGGCAGUAAUCAAUCCAUACCGAGCAUGUCUAUCAGUGCUAGCAGCCAAAGCAGCAGUGUCAAUAGUCUUCCCGAUGCCUCUGACGACAACAGUGAGAUUGCCAUGAUGCAGGAGGGAGACCAUACUGUCAUGUCAAACAGCUCUGUCAUCCACCUGAAGCCAGAUCACGAUCACUAUGGCGAAGAGGUUGAGCACAGACCAAGGUGCUCAGAACCACAAUCGCCACCUCCGGUCUCCCGACAUAAAUCACAUUAUCGGAAUCGAGAACAUUUUGCCACAAUACGCACAGCUUCCUUGGUCACACGGCAGAUUCAAGAGCAUGAACAAGAUUCUGAGCUUCGAGAGCAGAUGUCUGGUUACAAACGCAUGCGGCGCCAACAUCAAAAACAGCUGAUGGCGCUGGAAAACAAGCUGAAGGCAGAGAUGGACGAGCACCGGCUACGGCUUGACAAGGAGUUGGAAACACAACGCAACAGUUUUGCUGCAGAGAUGGAGAAACUCAUUAAGAAACACCUGUGUAUUAUGGAAAAAGAGACCAAAGCAGUUUCUACUGAAGAAAAGAAAUUUCAACAGCACAUACAGGCACAGCAGAAGAAGGAACUGAGCAGUUUCCUGGAAUCGCAAAAAAGAGAAUAUAAACUACGUAAAGAACAACUAAAAGAGGAAUUGAGUGAAAAUCAGAGUACUCCAAAGAAGGAAAAACAAGAAUGGUUGUCCAAGCAGAAGGAAAACUUCCAGCAUUUUCAGGCUGAAGAGGAGGCUAACCUGCUGCGGCGGCAACGGCAGUACCUCGAGCUGGAAUGUCGUCGCUUCAAACGGCGAAUGUUGCUCUCACGCCACAACCUGGAGCAGGAUCUAGUGCGAGAGGAGCUGAACAAAAAACAAACACACAAGGACCUGGAGCAUGCGAUGCUGCUGCGCCAUCACGAGUCCAUGCAGGAGCUGGAGUUCCGGCAUCUCAACACCAUCCAGCGGAUGCGCAGCGAACUCAUCAGGCUGCAGCACCAGACCGAGCUUACCAACCAACUGGAGUACAACAAGCGUCGCGAGCGGGAGCUCCGGCGUAAGCACGGCAUGGAGGUUCGGCAGCAGCCCAAGAGUCUGAAGUCAAAGGAGCUGCAGAUCAAGAAGCAAUUCCAGGACACGUGCAAGAUCCAGACACGGCAGUACAAGGCGCUCCGCAACCACCUGCUGGAAACUACCCCCAAGAGUGAGCACAAAGCUGUGCUGAAGCGACUGAAGGACGAGCAGACACGCAAGCUGGCCAUACUCGCUGAACAGUACGAUCACAGUAUCAAUGAAAUGCUGUCCACACAAGCAUUGCGCCUGGAUGAAGCUCAGGAGGCGGAAUGUCAGGUGCUGAAAAUGCAAUUGCAGCAGGAGCUCGAGCUGCUUAAUGCAUACCAGAGUAAAAUCAAGAUGCAGACUGAGGCCCAGCACGAUCGUGAACGCAAGGAGCUGGAGCAGAGAGUCUCACUACGCAGAGCCCUGCUGGAACAAAAGAUUGAGGAGGAGAUGCUGGCAUUGCAGAACGAACGCACUGAGAGAAUACGAAGCUUACUGGAACGUCAGGCACGGGAAAUCGAGGCUUUCGACUCUGAGAGCAUGAGACUUGGCUUCAGCAACAUGGUGCUUUCUAAUCUGUCUCCAGAGGCUUUCAGCCACAGUUACCCUGGAGCCACCAGUUGGUCUCAUCACCCUUCUGGAGGAGCUGGACAUCACUGGGGUCACCCCAUGGGUGGCCACCACCCAGCCUGGGGUCACCCGAUGUCAGGUGGAUCCCACCCCUGGGGGCAUCCGGCCGGCCCAGUGGUGGCGGUGCCCAGAGGUGGAGGUAUGGGGGUGCGCAACAGUCCGCAGGCACUCAGGCGGACAGCUUCCGGGGGCAGGUCUGAGCAAGGCAUGAGCAGAAGCACAAGUGUCACAUCGCAAAUCUCAAAUGGUUCACACAUGUCUUACACAUAAGUUGAAUUGGCCAGGGGACAGGUGUGUUACUGCUCUCAUGCCUCCAUGCUCUGCACAACCCACCCAUUUGCAUCAUUUUGAAAGCCUUCUAUUGGUACUUUGGUCGCGAUGCAGAGUGCAGGCAUGCUUUUUUUCGCCUUUCAGGAAAAACAGGUUUUAUUGUGUUAGUACAGAGUUUCAUUUGUCAACAUUUCAUACUGUAUCCAUCCGUCUGAUCAGUCCUUGAAACACGUGAACAAAGGCCAAAAGAAAAUAGUUGUUGAACCUGGCGAUCCCCAGCUGGUGGCUGUGUGGGUUUUAGUCACAUCCCUCUCCACAUCCUCAGCAGCAUCCUUCCUUAUUGUGGCUUGACUCACUUUACAUCUUAAAACAAAACACAACACUAUAGAUUGCUAUUAGUUUCUGCCGGCCAUGUCACCGUAUACCUUUCAAGGGCUGAACCAGUAAUCUCACCAGCUGCUAACGAUCGCUAUAUUUGUUUGUCUGCUGCAAUGGGUAUUAUAUGGAAAGCAAGAUACAGGAGGUUUACACUCCAUCCCAUGAGCAGAAAAUGAAUGUUGUAAACCAGACUGGUGGUUGGGCUGUGUCUGGGAAUGGGACUGUAUUCUAGUCUGGUACAGCAUUGGUAUUUAUCAACAGCCUCAAACCUGCAUUCGUUUAGUGAACACAGGUCAGUUACUCAUCUGGCAUUAACCCGUUGCUACAUUAUCUGUGAUAUAUUUAGCCACUAACAUGUCCAAAAUAUGGACACUAGUUAAUAGGAGGAAUAUUAAUUUUAACUAAUACAUAACAGUGAUGCCAUAAGUAAGUCGCCAAAUAAUAGAUUAAAGGAAAAACUGCCUUCUGCUAAAUGUUUUGAUCUGUCCCGUUCCGUAAUAUCCAGAUUUGUUCAUUAAGUGCAGCACUUCUUUUGGGCAAUGGCACGCCUCCCCACUGGGCAUGUCACAUGACCACAGGGGUGGCGCUGAGCGUGUCACGUGACCACGGGGUGACGCUGAGCGGGUCACGUGACCACUGGGGUGACGCUGAGCGUGUCACGUGACCAUGGGGGUGACCACUGAGCGGGUCACGUGACCACCGGGGUGACCACUGCGCAUGUCACGUGACCACGGGGUGACGCUGAGCGGGUCACGUGACCACUGGGGUGACCACUGAGCGUGUCACGUGACCACUGGGGUGCCGCUGUGAGGGUCACGUGACCACUGGGGUGACGCUGAGCGUGUCACGUGACCAUGGGGGUGACGCUGCUCCUUAUCAACACUCCAAAUUUAACAUAUUUACAAGCUACCAUAGAAAUGGUUGAAUUAACAACACAUUACCAUCACUAAAACCCAUCUGUAUUGUUCUUAAAACAGAACACUAUUUUUAAAUUAUACAGAUAGUAUAAUUUUAUUUUUAAUAAGUAAAGAUUAGUGUAAUAGGCUGUUGUACAAUGGGCUUUGACCUCGGGCAUGUGUCAGUAAGAGUUGCAUCGUGCAGGUCUACGAGUUGUACAAUAAUCUAUUGCUACUCUGCUGUGAACAUUAUCGUCCCUUCAGAAAAUACACUGCAGUAAGACACUUCCCUAAACUUCAGGUUACAUCAGUAAAGUUUUUAAUUGAAGAAUGUAUGUAUCUGUAAAUAUGUAGUAAAUUGGAAUUGCUAAAGCUGCCAGCCUAGGUCUGACUUUUUUUAUAUACUGAAUUUAGGUUCUUUCAUUGACAACAAGAAGAACUUGGUGCCAUUAUUAGCACCGGUGAGCAUGCCUAUGUAUCACUAUUACUACUCUGUAGUAUAAUGUAACAAGUCUUAAUGUGUUAAACAGACAAGGAAAUACAUCUGAAAGCUCUGUGUGCUUUGCAACCUUCCAGUGCUGACUGACUGACUGACUGGGCAGUACAAAAUUCCAUGUACAUACUGCAUUCCAUAUAAACAUUACAUUUGGUAUAAACUUAUGUUGAAGUGACAUUAAAUCUUGCCAAUAACCUACUUUUUACGUCAUGCUGCAUUGUGUAUCAUGUGACAGAAUAAUUUUAGAUGUCAAUACUUUGCCAAAAUCAGUAAUGUGAGUAGGAAGGCAGGUUGGAUAAAAUGUUGAACUUCAGUGUUAUUUGGGCAAAGAUUGAAUUGUUCCCCAGCCUCAUCGCCCGCCCUAUGUGACGGAUUUGUUCCUAAUUUUGGUUUUUAUUACUGGCCUCCUGUCCUGUCCUGUCCUGUAGAUUGGUGUUUGCACCCUUCUCUGAGAACAUUGCAAAUGUUGCUUUUAAGAGUAAAAGUGCUUUGAAUAGAGCAUGUUUCUACUUCUGGGAGGUGUCAGUGUUCACACAGGUCGUUCAUACAGGGUGCGUGAAUGACUUUUCAAUACCAAAUCCAUGUUCUUUCAGCAAAUAAAAAAAGAAUUUAGUGCCAUCAUUAGCAUCAAGGUGCUUGAAUGAUUUUGUGGGUGAAAACUCUGAUUUUAAACAUUAUGGAUAUAAUCAAUACUGCUUAAAGGCAAUCCAAAAGAGCCCAGCCAGUAUUGUAUACUUCAAUAUUCGAAGAACAGUUUGGUGUGUAAACUCUGUAUCCUCAUUAUAUUAGUGCAGGUGAUGAUCGAGUAGGAUUUACUGGCCCUUGUAUUAGUAUGUCCCUGGAAGAACAGUUGUGAUUAAGAUUCUGAGGAUAAUCUUCAGUUCUGUGACUAGCUACAGUGUGAGAGAAUUGCUGUGAGCAUUCAGACACUCGUGGCUCAGAAUCUGGGCAUGUUUCACUGUCACAGGCUAUGUGUGCUCUCGCUAACUCUACAGCCAUGGAAAUAUUGAUGUUUCUUAAAUGUGAGGAAUGUUUAUUUGUAAAUUGAGUUUAAGAUUAGAGUUUAGUUGCAAUAUUAAACUUCUACCACAGUAAAAUACAUUUUUAAAAUAUAGUGUUGGUUUAGUAUUUGUUACAAAAGUCUUUUAAUUUAUCAUUCACCUCCAUUAUUUUAAGUAAAUGUGCCCCUUUUUAAAAACACAGAUCUAUUUGUAGUUUUAUUUCUAGGUCUCCAAUUGUAAUUGUUGAUAAUGGACACGUCAUUUGGGAAGUUUGCCUGUUGUGAACUUUUCAAUGCCUUUUACCAUCUCCUGGAAGGCCCGUGAGUGCCAGAACAAUUGUCUUUCCAUUCCGCUGAUCUUUUCCUUUCCUCGACGAGGAAUACUUGGCCCCGUUUAAUUCUCCACCUGACUGCAAAGUGUGAAUCAGAACUUCAUCAUUGGGAGAUUAACUGGCAGCUUGCCAUACAAGGUGUGGCAGUAUUGCCACAUUAUCAUGCUGUCAGUGGUCACAGUCCUUCAAUAGGUUGAGCAACCAAAAUGAAGAGUCACAGAGCCAUUUUGUUUUUUUCCCCAUUUUGCACACUGAUACGCUACCUCUGCCCAGUAGAUUAAUUAGAAAUUUAAACUGAUCAAAAACGCAGUGAAAGAUAAUGGGAUUGUUAAAGUUCAUAAUGCACAGCGACUGAAAAUGGUUCAUGUCCCUCACAGACUUUACUGAUUCAUUUACAACAGUAACCCAGGUAGAAAGUUUCAACUGAAAAUGAUGUUGAAUAUUGCCACUGAUGCACAACAUAUUCUCUCCUUGGAUGCUGCUUGUCACUCUGGAUCUGUAUAGUUGAAUAUAUACACUCAAACUUAACAAUUACUAAACAAUUUAUCCAAUCAACUUGCCAUUUUUCCUCUCUCUCCCUCUCUCCCUCCCCCUCCCUCGUUCAUUCUCUCUUACACACAUACACACCCUUGAUGAAGUUUAUAUUGAAGCAGGUCUAAACUUGACCAGACUUUUUCCUGCUUUGUUACACAAUCAGCCCCACUCAUUUUGUGGAAGUACUUUCAAGAUUCCGUCUGAUCUACCUUUAUCUCCCUGACAGUUUUGGAACAUGACAUUGUUCAACAGUGUGCUGUACUGGUUAAUAUCAAUGUGUGAUAGAGAUAUACAUAGGUUUGCAAAGAAGAAAAUGUCACCCCUUUCACGUGGAAGUUAAGCUGAAUAUAAUCCAUUUGGUAAGUUUUUUUUUUUUAAGUUAAAAAUGAAACUUCUCAUUGGAGGCCUGUUUACAGGUAACUUCUGCAUUGGUAACAGGUUACAAAAAAUACUGAACCUCUUAACUUUCUAACCAAUUAUGUGAAUCGUAUAGUAAAAUAAACUGCACUCAACUAGAACACUUUGUUUGAAAGUAGAAGUCGCCCAAGGUAGCUUUCUCCAUAAUAUUGACUGCAUGUUUAGGUAGCAGCUAGGUGGUAGUGCAAUAUCCAGACAAGGCCAAGAACUGAACUAAGCAGCUUCACAAAAUAGUCUUGCCAUGGAUGUUAUUUGUUUUGAGGAGCCAAGUGAUGUAUUCUGUAAUUAUAAAUGCUGACAGGGAAUCUGAAUAAAUGAAGUUUGUUACAAUCUUGUACACGUUGGAUUAUAGGCAAUGGCUUCAAUCGUAAUUACCUGCUCUGUUUGUGAUUGGCUUCUAGUUUUCACACAAGAUGUUAGCUGGGAGCAUUAGAUCUAAAUGAUUCUUGAACACAAUGAGAUUGCAGUCAGUCUGUGAUUUGUUCUCUGAUUAUUUUUUCUAUGGCAGUAAUUGGUGACUAGCUGCUGGCAUGUCUUGGCUUUGGCCAAUCUCUCUGGUUAUAGGUGAAAACGCUUGCAUACGUUACACUAAGUAGAAAAAUGUACAUCAUAUCUAUAACAUUUACCACUUUUAAAUAACAAAAUGCAACGAUCAAAAAUAUUUGCAACAAACAUUAUCUAUUUCACUAUUAAAACAUAAAAUGCUUACAUUCACUGUCUGAAUGAAUAUUGUGAUCUAGCUCAUUUGGCUCUGUAUUAAUGUUUCUUAUUUACAAAUCAUAACUGCAUUUAGCCAAUUGGGAGUCCAUAUGUAGCUUUGGUAAUGUCUUUAACAAAAUGGUCGUAAGAUCAUUUAACCACACUCCAAGCUGAGAGCAACGUGGAAAGGAAAAUAAAAGUAAACAGGUGAGCUGACUAAACAAAAAUGAGCAUCCACCUGUAAUAAAUGUCCCUCUGUAAAAGUUGGAACUGAAACUACAAAUUCCUUAGCUCUGCUCAUCCAGAACCAUUGUAAAGUUUUCUGGAUUGCUGCCAAUAUGCUAUUUUCCCUUCAGCUUCAUUUCUCCCCUUGUCUUGAUGAAAUGUUACAGGUCCAUCAACAAUUGGCCAAUGUUACUGCCCACCAGUCAGGACAAGAAGGAAAGGGAGCUCGCCAAGAACUAUGUAGUGCUAAAAUCUGUGGAAUAUUCAACUGUAGGUUUAUUAUGGUAUUGUAGUAAUCUGUUAAUGUGUAGUACUGAGCUUCACCCACUGUUGAGGUAGGGAAUGACUACAUGCUGUUCGAUAGGCUAAUCUAAUGUCCUUAGUUAUAUAAAAAUCCUUUUUCUCUUGCUAUAGUUGUUGCUGGCUCUAACCUAAAGCUCUUUCCAGGGGUUCUAAAUAAAUUAAUGCAAUUCCAUUUUUUAAAAAUAUACUAUAGACUGCGUAUAAUCAAAGAUGGCCUAAUGACUUGACAUCUUGUAAAUGCAUAAUUUUAUUAACAAUUUCUUUGCAGUAAGAUAUUUAUAUGGUGUAAAGGGUUAAAAGAAAACCACUAAACCCGCACAGUACUUGAAAAGGAUAUUUGUACUAAAAUGUUCAUUACCAACAAUGCUACUAUCAGUAUCCCUUUGUUUUAGUAUGCGACAAAAAAAUAGUUUCGUGUGCAUUAGUAAUGAUGAGGGACUGUGAGAAAUGUUAAUAUUGUACAUUUUAAAUAGCUUGCAGAAAUUGUGACAAACACGAGAUUUCUAACUUAAACAUGAAAAAUGUUUUAACACUAGUCCCAUGGGGUGAAGACAAAACAUCAUGAAUGUAUAACCUAAUCUAACCUAGAGCAAGCAAAUGGCUGGUUUUAAAAAAUCAGCAUGUUUCAGCUACUUCAACUUUAAUCCGUACAUUUCUAUUCUAUUUUGUUGUUAUUUUCUCUCUGCCUAAUUCUGAAUCUUAUUUGCACACACAUAUGGUAGAAAAUUCUCAAUUUUAAAUUUUAACAACCAAAUCUGCUUGAAUUGAUUUUUUAGCAAAGUUAUUCGAGUUGUUCAUAGCCAGUUGUCAAUAAGUUCCUUCACUUAUUGGAUUUUCUUUUAAAAAUUGUACAGUAAAAAUGUCAGUAUUCUGGUAACUUCUGGUUCAACAUACAUUAGCUCAUAUAACCUGUAUUAAUUGUAUAGAUUGUGAAGUUAAGCUGUUACCAAGUGUCAGAAAAAGAGAAUAGGGUCAUAUGUAAAAUUUUGUUUGUAAUGAUCCUUUGUGUCAUUACAAAGGAGAUGUUAAAAUCAACUGUAAUAAAGUAAUUUUAGUACAA